AAACAGAGCCCAAGUUAGUGGCGAUAAAGUAAACAACACAACUUGCAAGAAAUAAUGUGAAUCUCCUCGCUGUUUAAAAUUUUUAAUUUUGAUAAUACGGAUAAUACUGCUUUGAAAUUGUCUUUACAAGAAGCAUAUAAUAUGUGUUGAGCCACACGAUAUUUCUUCGCCGGCCCAGAUAUGGUCAUUAGAGGAUUUCAGUUAAUCUACCCUCUGCAAUUUCUCAUCCUCGCCGGAUUCAUCUUUGCACCAUUCAUUUGUCUAGGCAGUAAUAACUACGCUAGUGGUACUGAUUCAAUUGUGAUAAUUCUACUGGACCAAGAAAAUGACAAUAAUUCAAAGUCUUUGCUAAAUGAAUUUUGCUCUGAAUUAAAAAAUGAUUAUCAGGGCAAACUUCCUCAAAUUCUAACGGUUUCAAAUAACUUUACUGGAGAAAUUGGCGCUUGGACGGUGAUCCAGUUAAUAGAAAAGUUGUCUAGACUGGAUCUCGCCUCACCAUGGUAUUUUUUUGCACUUCCGUCCACACGAAUCAACAUCCCAAAACUUCUGAACCUUGUUGCUCGACACGACGCUGAGGAGCCCAUUUGGCUUGGCUAUGGACUUCACGACAGAGAACCAACAAUUAUCCACCACUUCUCCCUCUUAACAAAAGCAAAAGAUAACUUUCUCUACCCUUUAUUCUCCUCUGGAUUUGCACUGAGCCAAGGGCUCCUUUCCUCGCUCUCUGAAAGAUGGAAUUCCAACAACACUGCAGAUCUGCAUCCGUCUGAAUUUUCCAUCGAUCCAUCCUACGAACUGGCCCUUUUUGUCUGGAAUGAUGGGCAUGGGCCAACAUUGACACACUCGAGCAAAUUUUGUCUUGCCAAAGGACCAAACUGCGUCUCAUACCCUGCAAAGCAAACCACUUGCAGACCACUCGUGCUAACCAAUGAAAUAUUCUUCGCUGUAAAAACCUGCCAUAAAUUUCACAGAACAAGAGUGCCAUUUGUUCUACAGACGUGGGGGAAGAGAGCGCACCACUUAGCUCUCUUUUCCGACGUGCCUGACUAUUUGAUUCCUGGAUUAGUUGAUCUCAAGGUGCCGAACACCAACCACGGUCACUGCGGCAAGACUGAAGCAAUUAUUAAGUAUGUUGACCAAAAGAUGAGGGAGGAUCCCAAAAUUGAAUGGCUUGUUAUAGCAGAUGAUGACACAAUUUUAAGUGCUGAGCGAUUGCAAGAAUUUUUGAGCUGUCACAGUUCUUCAAAAAUGCCACUCGCCUUGGGGGAACGAUACGGCUUUAGGGUUUUUGAACGUGACACAGGCUACAACUACUUGACUGGUGGAGGAGGCAUGGUUGUCAACAGGGCCGCUGUUCAUCAACUAACCAAAGGUUGUCAUUGCCCGGCUGACGACUUCCCUGACGACAUGUUCAUAAUGGGAGUUUGCCUUUCAAAGUUAGGAAUUCCACUAGUGCACUCUUCUUUGUUCCAUCAGGCUCGCCCUGAUGAUUAUGCACCUGAAUAUUUGGCAAUGCAGCAGCCAAUUUCCUUCCACAAACACUGGCUUAUUGAUCCGCUGGAAGUAUACAAGAACUGGUUUGACGCAGAUUUUUCUGCGGAGGCGCCCAAACGAAACGUCCACAUUGAGCUUUAAUGCAACUACUGCCUUGAAUGUUAAUUCACAAGUAUUUUAAAACGGGGUAUUUGUGUGGUAAAAAUUGAAGUAUUAAACAA